GCGGUGGUGGCGGCAGCGCAGGAGGGACCGACGGACGCACGGGCGGGCGGGAGCCAUGGAGCGCGGCCCCGGGGCCGGGGGGCGCGGGCCGGGGAGGGCUUCCCACUGCACGGCAUGGAGACCUGUGGCUGCGAGGCUCCCAGGGGCUCAGCUCGGACCACGAUGGAGCUGGGCUGCGGCCUCCUAACGGGGCUCUCGUCUGGGGCGGUGGCCGGGGGGACGCCCUCCCUCCUGCCCGUGUCUCAGAGCAUACCUGCACCUCCCCUGCCGAGUGAGGCCGGGCCCCGGAGGAGGCCCGCCCCGGGGCCCGGCGGCCGCCAUGAACGGCCUGUCGGUGAGCGAACUCUGCUGCCUCUUCUGCUGCCCACCCUGCCCCGGCCGCAUCGCUGCCAAGCUCGCCUUCCUGCCGCCAGAGUCCACCUACUCGCUGGUGGCUGAACCAGAGCUGGGGGCCGGGGCCGCCCCCUCAGGGACGCUGCGGGCCUCGGCAGGCACCCCCGGGCGCUGGAAGCUCCACCUAACAGAGCGCGCUGACUUCCAGUACAGCCAGCGCGAGCUCGACACCAUCGAGGUCUUCCAGACCAAAAGCGCCCGUGGCAACCGCAUCUCCUGCAUGUACGUGCGUUGCGCGCCUGGCGCCAGGUACACGGUUCUCUUCUCGCACGGCAACGCGGUGGACCUGGGCCAGAUGAGCAGCUUCUACGUUGGCCUGGGCUCCCGCAUCAGCUGCAACGUCUUCUCCUAUGACUACUCCGGCUACGGCGUUAGCUCCGGCAAGCCCUCCGAGAAGAACCUCUACGCCGACAUCGACGCCGCCUGGCAGGCCCUGCGCACCAGGUACGGCAUCAGCCCGGACAGCAUCAUCCUGUACGGGCAGAGCAUCGGCACGGUGCCCACCGUGGACCUGGCCUCGCGCUACGAGUGCGCCGCGGUGGUGCUGCACUCGCCGCUCACCUCGGGCAUGCGCGUCGCCUUCCCCGACACCAAGAAGACCUACUGCUUCGACGCGUUCCCCAACAUCGAGAAGGUGUCCAAGAUCACGUCGCCCGUGCUCAUUAUCCACGGCACCGAGGACGAGGUGAUCGACUUCUCGCACGGCCUGGCGCUCUACGAGCGCUGCCCCAAGGCCGUGGAGCCGCUGUGGGUGGAGGGCGCCGGGCACAACGACAUCGAGCUCUACAGCCAGUACCUGGAGCGUCUGCGCCGCUUCAUCUCCCAGGAGCUGCCUAGCCAGCGCGCCUAGCGGCGGCCGGUGCACCCACACCACGCCGGACCUCAGCAAUAAGGCGGCUGCCCGGCGGGCAGGCGCAGCCGUCAGACCUCACCCCACCCCAGCCCCGGGGGCUGCAUGUGGACCCAGGGCUGUCCAGGCCUCCCAAGGCGGCGGGCAGGCGGGCCAGGACCCGCCCCGGCCCAGGGACCGUGGACUAUGUACAGGUGACCGAGCUAUGCUCUCCUUUUCUUUUGGAAGCAAAAAGAAGAAAAAACGUGAAAACAGAAAUUAAAGAUUUAAAAUUUCA